AUGCAGUAUGUUUUAUAUGUGUUUUCCUUAAUUUUUUUUAAAUUUCAAUAUUAUAAAGAUAUUAGUAGCCCUAGGUUUUUAAAUAAAUUUCAGAUUGAUAAUACUAAAGUAAUAAGGAAAAAAUAUAGAAUUUUAUCUAAAUCCUCAGUAAAUAAGACAAUUAAUUUUGAUGAAUUAGCAAGUAAUUAUAGACCCCUGUUUGAUGCUUAUGAAAUAUCAGAAAAUUUUAAAAAUCAAAUAAAUGGAAAAAAUAUUUCAGAAAAAAAUAAAAAUGCUAAUCAUAAUAUAAUUCCAUCAUUUUUGAACUCUGGCAUCAACUCAAGAUUUAGUUUAAACAAAGAAAAGAAAACAGAUAAAAAAGAUAAUUUAAUAAAGAAAAAUUUUGAUCAUUACUCAAUUGUAACAAAUUCUCUUGAAUUAUUGAACGAUAUCAAAGUAGAUGCAUCCGAUUUAUCUAAACUUAGCAUAAACAAUUUAAGCAUACCAUACAAUGAACAAACAAAAGAGUUAUUUACUCAUCAAAGAAAUAUAGUCAUCAGUAAUAAAGGAAAUAGGAAAUAUAAAAUAGUUUUAAUGACAAAAAAUCCCAAAUUUGUUCGUGCAAAUAAUAAAUAUUCGAAUGAAAAAAAAACUUUUAUUGAAAAAGAGGAAAAUAUUGAAGAUUUAUCUGAUAAAAAUACUAAUUUAUAUAGUGGAUCUGGAACAUUAUAUUUUGAUAAUACUUCUAAUGACGAAAAUAUAUAUAACUCUAUUAAGGAGAAACAUAAUCAAGAAAAAGUAAUUGAUAAUAAAAAAAAUACUGGAAGAAGUGUCUUAAAAAGAAUAUUAAAUUUUCUAAGUUUUAGAAGUGAUCCUCAUGAUAAUGUUAGUCUUUUAGAUGAAACGAUAAAUAAAAAUAAUGAUAAUAAAGAGAAUUUAAAUAAAGAAUCAAAUGCUUUAAAUAAUGAUAACAACAAUGAAAAUUUUAAUAAAAGUCCAAAUGAUAAUCUUGAUAAUAAUAACAAAAACGCGGACAUUAGCAAAUUAGCAGAUCAGUACUUAUUAAAUUUAAAAAAUAUAGAUUCUUCAUGGCAAGAGUUAAUACUUGUUCUUAGAGGAGAAUUGGAUUUACAUUCUUCACAUAUGAAAAAUCUUAUAGUAGAAACAAAAAAUAAACUAGAAAGCUACAUUAAGAAGAAUUUUAAUCAAGUAGAUAAAAUUUCUUAUGAUGUAUCAUCCCCAAUAAAUUUCAUAUGUUUUUUUUUCCCGAAUGUUUUUAAUAUGGAUAAUUUGAGUUUAUUAAAAGAAGCUUUAACUAUAAUUUAUGAUGAAUUAAAAGAUUAUACUGAAAGUUGGAAUUUUUCUAAUUCAUAUGUUGUAGAUGAAGUAAAAGAAGAAAAUUUUAAUAAAGAAACGAAGGAAAAAAAAUAUAAAAAAAAAAAAAAAAAGUUAUAUAAUGUAAAAUAUUCCUUCUUACGUAAAUAUAUGAGUAUGGAUUCAUUAUUAUCACUAUUUAGUAGGAAUAAAAAAAAAACUGAAGAUAUUGAAAAUGAAAUAUUCAAUUUUUUACCCAAGGAAUUAAGAAAUUAUUCUACAUGGAAUUUAUCUGUAAUAAGAGUAUUUAAUGCUUGGUUUUUGGCAGGUUAUGGAAACAAGAACAUAAAAGUGUGUAUAAUAGAUUCAGGUGUUGAUUUAAAGCAUACUGAUUUAAUUAAAAAUCUCUAUGUUCCUGAAUAUGAUGAAAAAUAUGAAAUGUCAGAAGAUUUUUAUGAUUUCAUGGUUAAAAACCCAAUGGAUUCAUCAGGUCAUGGAACACAUGUUACUGGAAUUAUUGGUGGAUCAGCAAAUGAUUUUGGUGUAGUUGGUGUAUCUCCCAAUGUUAAAUUAAUUUCUUUACGUUUUAUUGAUGGUAAAAAAUUUGGAGAUAGUUUUCAUAUAAUUAAAGCUUUAAAUGUGUGUAUAAUAAAUAAAGCACCAAUUAUUAAUGCAAGUUGGGGUUCUAGUAGAUAUGAUUCAAGUGUUCAUUUAGCUGUUAAAAGAUUAAAAAAUACUCUAAAUGGGAAAGGAAGUAUUUUUGUAGCAGCAGCAGGAAACAAAUCUAAAGAUAAUGAUAUUUUUCCUUUAUAUCCUUCUAGUUUUAAGUUACCUCACAUGCUAAGUGUUGCAUCGAUAAGUAAAAAUCUAGAAUUAUCUUUAUUUUCUAAUUAUGGAGCAAAUAGUGUACAUAUAAUGGCUCCAGGGCAUCAUAUAUAUUCUACUAUACCUAAUAAUUCCUACAGAAUGAGUACAGGUACGUCUAUGGCAGCUCCUCAUGUAUGUGGUGUUAGUGCUUUAAUAUACUCCGUAUGUCACAAUCAAGGUUUUAUACCAGAAGCAGAAGAUGUCAUAGAUAUUUUAAUUAGAACAUCUAUUAGAAUUUUGUCAAAAGAAAAGAAAACAAUUCAUGAAAGUCUAGUAAAUGCAGAGGCAGCUGUAUUAACUACUUUAUUAGGGGGUUUGUGGAUGCAAAUUGAUUGUCAUUUUGUGAAAUUUUAUUUAGAUAAGGGGAAAAAAAAGCAUAUACCUAUAGUAUUUUCAGCUUAUAAGGAAGGGAUAUAUGAAACCGAUAUAGUUAUAGCAAUUAUGCCCACUGAUAAAUCCUCUAAUGUUUAUGGAGAAGUUCAUAUUCCUAUUAAAAUAGUAACAAAUACCAAAUUGCCAAAUUUUAAAGAAUCACCAAGAUUUGGAAAGAAUUAUGUUAUUGGUGAAGAUGAAGCAACGAAUGAUGAACUGUUAUCUUUCAUUUGUGAAAAUGCUAUAUAUAAUUUGCAAGAAUAUGACAUCAAUUUGAUUAUUAUAUCAUUAGUUUUAUUGUCAGUUGUAUUUAUAUUCGUAUUAAUAGGAACUAUUUAUUUUUUUAAAAGAAAAAAAAAAAAUAAUGCAAAUGAUAAAAACAAUGAAGAUUUUUAUAAGGAUCAAAAAGAUCUAAAUGAAUUUUUAAAAGCAAAUAAUAAAGAGGAUAAAGGAAUUACAGACAAAUUAGCAAACAGUAUCAACUUUAUAAAUAAAAAAUCAAAAAAUAAUCAAAAUAAAGACGAUGGUAAUCAAAACGAAAUUUUUCAUUUCUUUCAGGAAGUGAGACCUUUGAUUGAAGGUAAAGAAAUAAAAGAGUCACCUGAUGAAAGUAUUAAUUCAAUUGAUAUUUCAAAUAUGUUUGUUGAAUAA